UAUAAUGGGCAGAAAAGACAUUCGGUUUUCGUUUCAUCCAAUUCCCAAUCGCUCUCUCGCUUGCUCCGUUCCUCCUUCUGCUCUUCCAGAAGUGUCGCCCCAACCCAGGUAUUGAUCUUUGAAUUUAAGGAUGCCGGCUACAGCGGGUAGGGUUCGCAUGCCCGCCAACAAUCGGGUUCACAGUAGUGCAGCCCUCCAAACCCACGGUAUAUGGCAGAGUGCGAUUGGUUAUGAUCCGUACGCACCCACCAAGGACGAUGACAAGAACACUUCGAAACCCAACUCAUCAACCGCCGAACCAGAGACUGAUAAUGCAUAUGCAAGCUUCCAAGGCCUCUUGGCGCUUGCCCGUAUAACUGGAUCAAAUGCCAAUGAGGCUCGUGGGGCGUGCAAGAAGUGUGGCCGUGUUGGACACCUCACCUUUCAAUGCCGGAAUUUUCUGAGUACUAAGGAUGAUAAUAAGGAUAAAGACCCAGAAGCGAUUGAGGCUGUGGCUUUGGCAGAGUUGGCUAAGUUGAAGGGGAAUGUGGGUAAGGGGAAAGGAAAAGGUGCAGUUGAGAGCUCAGAAGAGAGUGAUGAAGAGGACAGUGAGAGUUCGGAUUCAGACGUAGAUUCCGAGAUUGAGAGAGUUAUUGCUGAGAGAAAUGGGAAGAAGAUAAGUAGUAAGAGAAGGUCCUUGAAAAAGGAUUCUGAUGAAGAUGAGUCAGAUACAGAUUCUGGGGAGAGGAAGAAAAGAGGGAGAUCUAAGACGAGGAGUGGGAAGAGGCGAAGUGGUGAAUCGGAUGGAAGUAGGAAGAGGAGAAAGAAGCUGAGAAAGAAGGAUGAGUCCUCGGACGAGGAUCAUGAGCAUCGGGGACGAUAUAGGAAGAGUAGGAAGGAGAAGAGGCGGCGGCGGAGCCACCGACAUUCAGAAAAUUCUGACUCUGAUAGAUCUGAUGACUUUGGUAGAGAGCGGAAGCGCAGGAGCAGAAGGAAAGCUUCACCAUCUGAUUCUGAUGCAAGUGGCUCGGAUGAUUCAUGGGUCGGUAGGGACAAGAAGAGACAUGAGAAGAAGAACAGGAAACACCGUCAUGAUGAGGAUGUGUAGAAUAUGUCCAGGGAAAGAAAUGCUGGAAAAUGGGUGGUGUGAUCUAUCUUGAAGUUGCCAAACCAGCGGUGGAAUACCAAAUCGUUACCUGCUGUUGUACACGGAAUAUUUGAAGGUGUCAGGUGCUUAAGUUGUGUGUUGUAUUGUAUGUUGAGGAGCCCCAGCAUAUCCAGACUGUAUUGACUCAUUGAGUGCCUUUUACUUUAAUACAUUCCGCCUUCACAAGGCCAAUCGGCAAUUGCUCGACUGUAUUGUAGUUGUGAUGCCAUUUCUUUGUUUAAAUAAAAAAUGGUUGGAA